UGAAGAUGGCGGUGUCGGUGUUCCCCGGCGUGCGGCUCCUCUCCAUCGGAGACGCGAAUGGAGACAUACAGCGCCAUUCCGAGCAACAGCCGCUGAGAUUGGAGGUGAAAACCACACAAGACGCCGCCCUGCUCAAUCUCUCAAAUGGAGAUGAGACGUGUGUGUUCAAGUGCUCGGUGUCUCGGGAGACAGAGUGCAGCCGUGUUGGGAAGCAGUCCUUUAUCAUUACACUGGGCUGCAAUAGCGUCUUGCUGCAAUUUUCCUCACCUGCAGACUUCUCGUCAUUUUAUAACGUCCUGAAGAACUGCCGUGGCCACAGCUCUGAAUGCUCUGUCUUCAGUGAGAGGACUGAGGAGUCCUCGGCCGUACAGUACUUUCAAUUCUAUGGCUACCUCUCACAGCAGCAGAACAUGAUGCAGGACUAUGUUCGGACCGGGACCUACCAACGGGCUAUCCUUCAAAACCACAGUGACUUCAAGGAUAAGGUGGUACUAGAUGUCGGCUGUGGCUCAGGGAUCCUCUCCUUCUUUGCAGCACAGGCUGGUGCCAGGAAGGUUUAUGCCGUCGAGGCCAGCACAAUGGCACAGCAUGCUGAGGUGCUGGUGAACAGUAACCGUCUAGGGGAGCGCGUGGUGGUCAUCCCUGGUAAGGUGGAGGAGGUGUCACUGCCUGAGCAAGUGGACAUCAUCAUCUCAGAGCCCAUGGGAUACAUGUUGUUUAAUGAGCGCAUGUUGGAGAGCUACCUGCAUGCUAAGAAGUUCCUCAAACCCAAUGGUAAAAUGUUCCCCACCAUUGGUGACGUCCAUCUAGCCCCCUUUACAGAUGAACAGCUUUACAUGGAGCAAUUCACCAAGGCCAACUUCUGGUACCAACCCUCCUUCCAUGGUGUAGAUCUGUCUGCCCUGCGGGGUGCUGCAGUGGACGAGUAUUUUCGCCAGCCCAUUGUGGACACAUUUGAUAUUCGUAUUUUGAUGGCUAAGUCUGUCAAAUACACAGUCAACUUCCUCGAGGCCAAAGAAGAGGACCUUUACAGGAUAGAGAUUCCGUUUAAAUUUCAUAUGAUGCACUCGGGCCUGGUGCAUGGCCUAGCUUUCUGGUUCGACGUGGCAUUCAUGGGAUCAGUGAUGACUGUAUGGCUGUCGACAGCACCCACAGAGCCCCUCACCCACUGGUACCAGGUACGCUGCCUACUCCAGUCACCCCUCUUCACCAAGGCGGGGGAUACGCUGUCUGGUACUGCACUUCUAGUUGCUAACAAGAGACAAAGCUAUGACAUCAGUAUUGUUGCCCAAGUGGACCAGACAGGCUCAAAGUCCAGCAAUCUCCUGGACUUGAAGAACCCUUUUUUCAGGUACACAGGCACAACACCUACUCCCCCACCUGGUUCACACUACAGCUCCCCCUCUGAAACCAUGUGGAACACUGGGGGGGCCUACAGCAUGAGUCAGGGAAUGGCUGUGUCAGGUAUGCCUGCAGCAUAUGACCUCAGCACAGUUAUUGGAAGUGGCUCAGCAGUGUCCCACAACAACCUUAUCCCCCUGGUGAACUCUGGAAUUGUGAACCACACCCACUCGAGGAUGGGCUCAAUCAUGAGCACAGGAAUUGUCCAGGGAGCUACUACGGGCCAGUCAGGUCCCAGCAGCAGCAGCACUCACUACCCAGUAACCAACCAGUUCACCAUGGGGGGUGCAGCCAUCUCCAUGGCCUCACCCAUGGCCAUCCCCAGCAACACCCUGCAUUAUGGCAGUUAAAAGAUCAUGCUCAAGACCUCCUCAACCCCCAACCUCCAACGCAUGACAAGACCCCCCUGCCUGCAAUGGAGCCCCUUGAUCCCUCCUCAUCCUUGUACCCCCACCCCCAUCAAAACUGACCAACUGCAGCCAAAACCAGUAUACCAAAACCAGUGCUGUGGAGGCACUCCCCCCCCCCCUUCAUUUUCCGCUACUAUGUCCAUCACUUUACAACAAGUCCUAUGCUCUUGUAUCCGUCCUCUCCAGCUGCAGGUUCUUAUCUUGCCAUCUGAGACCUGUCCACCUCCGGUAUCUUUUUUUUACCCCUACCCCCCUUGCUCUCACUCUCCUACUUCCUUCAUUGACUGGGACUGCCACAAACAACAUAUGCACACAAAAACUCUUGUCGAAGACAAGCUGCACAACUGUACAGCAGGAGUCAUCUCCCUCCUUCAUGGUUUCCCUUGCUCCCAACAUGACCCCUCACCCACACCACCCUUCCACUCCUCCUCCCGCCCUGCUAGUUUUUUGAAGUCCCUCCUUUCUCCGACUGUCCUCUAAAAGUCUACACAUGACCUGCAAUGAAAUGACUCUUAAUUUGUCAAGUUAGACACUAGAGACAUUUUCAAUGUCCUCAUCGACACACAUAUCUAUGUCGCCAUCUUGGUGUUUCAUAUCACAACAUCAGUGCACCUUUCCAUCCUUCAGAGGACACGUUUCUGUGUGUUGUCAGCUAAAUGGACAGAGACCAAUUCAUGCCAGACAAGACCGUUUGUUUCAACCCUGCCUUUUGCACAAGCAGUGGUUCUCCGUGCUGUUUUUUUUUUUGUGCUUUGUUUUUUAACUUGGUGAAAAUUGGUAGGUGUCCUGAUGUGUAGGUCAGCCUCUCCAGAACAAGACUCUAGAAAAGUAGAUCAUUUUUCCCAAAAUUGUAGAAUUGAACCUGCAUUUCUGAUCAAUUGACUUCUGAAGCCAGCGAUCUUUUAGCCAAUGGAUACUUCUUAGCUCACAGGAUGCUGCUGAAGGCCAACCCCUUACUCUCCAGCCAAGUUGGCAAUUUGCCAACAUAGCUUUCUGGAACAGGAGUGUUUUAAGUAUGUUGGGGGAGCCCAGAACAGAUGGCAGAUGGACAGACAGUAUCAACUGGUGACCCCCAGGUGUUGGCUGGCCAGCCACUGAAGUUAAGAAGCGUCCAAUCCGUUCCUAACUUUCUUCCCCUGUUCCCCCCUAACCCCCUCCCCCCGCUACUCCUCUUUGAGGCCAUGAGACUGUCACUGAGAGACUUAAUGGUGAGGCUUGUGACAGAAGGAUAGUCUCAAUUCUGUGCGUCAUCUUUUUACCACCUUUUGAUUUCAAAACACCAUGACGAGCCCUCUUUCCCCCUUUAUCAGGCGAGGAGAGAAAGACAUGAACAUGUAUGCAUUGCUUCCGGUCUCACAGUUAAACUGCUCAUUUUUAAUUAAUGAAUUAGCUAGCUUUAAGAGAGAUGAGAAAAAAGAAGGAAUUGCCUCUUUGUAGAAUUAACCCUUUGUCUUUUCUUCUUUCACAAAAAAUGACAAAUAAUUAAAAAAGUGGAAAAAAAGAAGCAACUUAAAUGUUGAAAUGUCCCAAAAACAACCCUACAAUUGCAUCUUGUAAUUUUUUUUUUGUAACUUUUUUUAAAGGCUGGUAAAUAGACUCAGUAACACGCCAUGUGGUAGCUAGAUUGUAGAGCCCACAUCCUUUUUUUCCCCCCAUGACAUUGUUAUUUUAUGUAGUCAAUGGUGGCAUCCACUGUCCACUGAAAAGUGCAUGAGGAAGCCCAUGUGUUGUGUCGUGUGUUUGUUUCUAUCUGCCAGUAAUAAUACUUUUAUCAUCUCUGACAUUGACUCCUCUGCUCCAAGGGAGAAGGCGCUUCAUGUCUGUAAUUUUGACUUUGGCAUUGUGGGUGAGUCUUGGACAGCUCAGCGUCAGUCCUCAUGUGUUUGACUGAGCAACCUGGGAUGUCAGAGGAGGCCAUGUGAAUGUUUUAAACUGUUUGGACGCUUAGUCACCACAGGUUGGUAUCUCAAAAUUAGCUUUCACACUGACAAACCUGGAAGCAAUAGGUUUGUGUGUGUGUGUGUGUUUGUGUGUGUGUGUUGGGGGGGGGGGGUUGUCAAUUGAAAUAAUUAGAAGGGUUUCUAUGAACAGGGACAAUUGGCUUUUUUUUUUAGUAAAUUACGUUCACUGCAAAUUAAUACCCCUUUCUUAAUUUUGUCCAUAUCUGUGCCCGCUCCUGUUUCCCCCCCACAGGUCUUAUUAAGAUUGCAUUUGCAAUAUGUUUAACAUAAGAUUUCUUUCUUAUUUUCUGACCCGGUCAGACUCGCAGAGGCUGCUACACUUGUUUGUUUGGUGUAGGGGUGGAAAGCGAGCUUGCAUCUGAGCAUUCGAGGAACCACAUUUCGUUCUCUGAGUGAGAAGUGUGUUUGGCAGCUCACUGGUAAGCACCAUGACUCAGCCAUUGAUGGAAAUUCUUUAAUUGCAAGUUAACUUAAACAACUUGAUAUAUUUGGAUUUUUUUAUAUGGACCCCACAUUAGGGCCCCGGUAUAAAGCGAUUGAACCCCGAUUCUGUCAUUAGGUCUGCAACAAUAACUAUAUUUCACCUCACAGUAGAUUGCUUCAUGAGUGACCAGAACCAUCAAAGUUACAUACAAACUCUGGGGGUAGCUCGUUAAGUAAACUGGGAUGAGGCACUGGCUGCAGCACCAACCAGCAACUUAACCCCAACACUGACCAUGUCACAGCAGUGGAGUGGUCAUUACAAUGGCUGGAUUUCACAAAACGACACGAUUUUAACAAAAAUGACUCAUUUAUAAACCAACUUAAAAUUAUCUGUGCAGUUAAAAAAAUAAAAUAAAUCCAUAUAACUGUCAUCAAGUCACAGGGAAAGCAGAGUUUCCCUGUGACUUGAUGUGACAUGUUGCUGCAUGGUCAAACUCACUGUUGGUUGAUUACAACUUGAAGACUAACGUGUCCUCCCAGUACCGGCUGAGCUCCAGUCUUCCUCUCGUCUCUCGUGGAAAGUCUUCAGAAAUAGGACGUCAAACUGUCAGUGAUCAGUCGGCAAUACCUUUUAGCACUUCUGACUCGUCUGUAGACAAAAGUACUUGGACUUGUGUUCGGGAAAGCACACCUAUGGCAGAAUUCAACCAGCAGGGGUGGGGUGUUGGCAGAAUUAUUAAUGCAAAUGUCAUAUUUACAAAGAAAUGUUUAGAUUUCAUCCCAGGGUGAUGUCUUUCAUUGAAAAUGAAGCCAUAUAUCUCAGGUUUUCGCUCAAAUUCUUUUACGUGUGCCGUUACUUUUUAAAUGAAAUGUGUCAAAUAUUCUCAUUUAAACUAACUGACCCCAAGUGGUGAAAAAGUGAUGUCAUGAUGACUGUGACCUAUGGGCUCUUCAAUAUUUACAGGCUCCAUUUAGUUUGAGCUGAGGUUUUUCUCAAGCUUAAAUGACUCAAUGACUGAUAAAAGUGCAGACUGUCGGCCAACAUUGAAUGUAUUUCCAGUCAUUAAAUCCAACA